GCGGCUCUGGGGAUCCGGCCCUAGUCGCCGGCCCCGCCGCCCCGGGGCGCCAUCGGGACGACGCGGCCCCGCGCGGCGCAAGGAGGAGCCAUGGGCAAGUGCAGCGGGCGCUGCACGCUGGUCGCCUUCUGCUGCCUGCAGCUGGUGGCUGCACUCCAGCGGCAGAUCUUCGAUUUCCUGGGCUACCAGUGGGCUCCCAUCCUGGCCAACUUCCUACAUAUCAUGGCUGUCAUCCUGGGCAUCUUUGGCACUGUGCAGUAUCGGUCCCGGUAUCUCAUCCUGUAUGCUGCCUGGCUGGUGCUCUGGGUUGGCUGGAAUGCCUUCAUCAUCUGCUUCUACCUGGAGGUCGGACAGCUAUCCCAGGACCGGGACUUCAUCAUGACCUUCAACACAUCCCUGCAUCGCUCGUGGUGGAUGGAGAAUGGGCCCGGCUGCCUGGUGACUCCCGUUCUGAACUCUCGCCUGGCACUGGAGGACCACCAUGUCAUCUCUGUCACGGGCUGCCUGCUUGAUUACCCUUACAUCGAAGCCCUCAGCAGUGCCCUGCAGAUCUUCCUAGCUCUCUUCGGCUUCGUGUUUGCCUGUUACGUGAGCAAAGUGUUCCUGGAAGAAGAGGACAGCUUUGACUUCAUCGGUGGCUUUGACUCCUAUGGGUACCAGGCGCCACAGAAGACAUCGCAUUUACAGCUGCAGCCUCUGUACACGUCAGGGUAGCCUCUGCCACGCGGCCACCCUCAUACCUGGGCAACUGGAGUGAGAAGCAGCACUGUAAAGGAGCUCGGAUCACGGUGGGCCGGCGCGCCCCCUUGCGGCCCAUCGACUGACUGCAAUUUGUGGAGCCCCUCCUGGAUCUGCGGGGCCACUGGAGCAAAUACGGACUCAGACUAGGACUUGGACUUGACCCUGGCUCUGGCCAUGACCCUUGGCAGCUGGACUUUAGGGUUGGGGCAGGACGGGACGGGGGGAGGGGGAAUUGCUGGGUUUGUAUUUUUUUUAAUCUCAGCCUUGGUAUGUGCCUGGGCCUUCCUCUUUCUUCAGCUUCACUCCUUACCUAGUAUUUGCCCUCAGUCGAAACAGCAAGACAGAUGGACUCACCCCAUCUCAUCCCUCAUUCACCUGCACUGGGGAAAGAUACUGUGAACUAGGAGCAGGAGUCCUGGGCUCCAGCUGCAGCAGCAUCACUGACAUCCUGUGUAACAUCUGGCGGAGCCUUCGCUCUCUCUGGGCCUCAGUUUCCCCACCUCACAUAAUUAAGAUGAUCCCUUAGCAGGCGACACUUGUGGCACUCUCAUUUGGCUGUCAGUUCGCUGGGCUACAGUGCAGAUAUGGGAGCUAAGGCCCAGAGAUGUGAAGAGACUUGCUGAGAGCCUCACAGUAAGGCCUUAGCGGAGGCAGGCUUUGACUCUUGUGUUAGACCCUGCUUCCCAGGGUCUGGCCUCUGUACUUGGCUCACAAGCCCCCUUGUAGCUUGGACAUUCCUGUACACUCACAUACCAUCACCACCACUCACCAGCAACACUCUAAAAGCAAUAUACAAGUUUUCUUCUCUUGUUCAAGGGAACCAGACAGACAGAGCCCAAAGCCUUGAGUUCAGCCCGACCCACAGGAAGCCUUUGUAGACUGAGCUUGCCCUUCGUUGGCAAACCUUCGAACCUCGUCCUCCAGGAAAGCAGGACCAGGUCUCACCCUACAGUCCACCAGAAAACUAAGCCUGUGUCUCCUAUCCCAUGAUCCUCUGCUGACACACCCCACUCACCACCCACCACCCACCCCCAGCAAUCCCACUGACUCUCGAUUCCUCCACCUGCUUCACCAUUGUGGUCUCAGAGGGGAAGGCGAUGGUGUCCGGGAGUGCUGACGGGGCAGAGUGGAGGUGUGGGUGACUGUGGUCAAGAGAGUCAGCACCCCGCCUUUCCCCAGGACAAGCAGAGAGGAGGGUUCCUCUCCAUCACCUCCCUCCACCCAGGCACCUGAGUACUGCUUGGUGACUAAUGUGCAGAGAGCAGAUGUCAAUGCCCCAGUCUGUGGAGCUGGAGCCACCCUGAAUCAGGAAACGCAGCAGAGCGCUUGGGCAGUAGAGACAGUUCACGCCACACUGGUGACCACAUCCCUCCCCGUCCUCCGCUGCAGGCUUUCCUGAGCUAGGGUGGCAAGCCCACUCCACUAUCCCAUCCAAUAUGCCACCCAGAUCAGCCUGGCCCAGGAUCACCUCUAUCCAUCACCGGUCCCUGGGUGGUGAACCUAAUCAGAGGGGGACAAAUUUCCUUUAGACCAGGUUGCCUCUUGCCACUGGUCCACCUCCCCCCUGCAGCCCUCCCACUCCCCCUGCAGCACUGGAUUCUCCCAUCCCUUCCCCAAGGCCUCUUCGACUCAAGGGUUUAGUCACUGGUGCUUUGGACCUUUUGGUUUAUAAGCCGGGUUUUGCAGGGGGACUGGGUUUGUUUCUCAAUGAGACCCUGUGGACUGGGACCUUCCUGGUAUCCAUGCAGGUGGGUUGAUUAAAAAAAGGUGUUUUCUUC